CUCUCUCUCUCUCUCUCUGAACAUCGCUCCGUCGCAGCGAACUUUGAAGGAGAUUCUCUCCGAUCGACGGCGACGACGAAGGAGAAGGAGAAGGAGAAGGAGCAGAAGAAGAAGAUCGAGGAAGAUGGAGGCUCGGACGCACUCGCUGCUCAACGAGCUCAACUUCGACAAGGGCGGCUUCUUCGACCUCGGCCACCCGCUGCUCAACCGCAUCGCCGAGAGCUUCAUCAAAGCCGCCGGGAUUGGAGCGGUUCAGGCCGUGUCGCGGGAAGCCUACUUCACGGCGGUUGAAGAUGACGAGAGAGUGGCGGGUGUUAACUUAACAGGCACAGGACUGGAUUCGGGCAAUGGCGUGCCGGAAAUUCCAGGUGCGAAGAAGCAUCGGUUCCCCGAGCUGAGAGGAGCAACCAACAGGAAUUCCCUGGAGGCCAUGGUGAAGAGCACUGGCAAAGAAUCCCUGCAGUGGGGACUGGCUGCAGGGGUGUACUCGGGUUUAACAUAUGGGUUGAAGGAGACCCGUGGAGCUCAUGAUUGGGUAAUGAAAAAACAGCGCAGUCGCAGGAGCUAUCACGGGCGUGGCGCUCGCGCUCACGUCGGAUGACACGUCCCACGAGCAGAUUGUGCAGUGUGCCAUCACCGGAGCCGCGAUCUCCACUGCGGCAAACCUCCUCUCGGGGAUAUUUUGACGUGCCCAGAGGUGGGCCUCUUUUGUUUGGAGAAGAAUCGUUAGUUUCCCCUUCGACUUCUUAGAAUAAGCAUGGACCAUAGGAUCUUUGUAAAGUUGUUCUGUCCGGACUGGAAGAUACUUCUAAAGCGUCUGAUUGCGAAGUGUUUAAUACUGGGCAACGUUUUGCUUGUUCCCGGGCGAGAGAGAGUUUAGGAUGGCAAGAGAUGGCUAGAGCUAGUUUGAUGAUGGUUCAGGUUCUUGUUGAGAUUAAAAGCAUCAUGUUUCAUUUCUUCCCUUUCUCA